AUGGCGUCUGAAAAGCUAGCCACCAGUCAUGUCGAGAGACAUGACUCAAUCGAACCAGCAGGCAAUGACGUGGAGGAAUUCACAGACCUCAAAACCACCGCAGAAGCUCAUGCCGCCAUCGAAAAGGAGCACAACAUGACCGCCAUGGAAGCUCUCAGGCUCUACCCCAAGGCCGUGGGCUGGUCCCUCCUCCUCUCGUGCGCCAUCAUCAUGGAAGGCUACGACACGGCCCUGAUCGGCUCAUUCUUCGCUUACCCGGCCUUCAACAAGAAAUACGGCCAUCUCCAGUCCGACGGCAAAUACGGCCUCUCCGCCCCCUGGCAAUUAGGCAUGACCAACGGAAUGAGCGUCGGUCAGAUCAUCGGUCUCUUCAUUAACGGUAUCGUCUCCGAACGCUACGGCUACCGCAGAACCCUAAUGACCUGUCUCGCCGCCACCGUCGGUUUGAUCUUCAUCCUCUUCUUCGCUCCAAAUGUCCAGACCCUUGUCGCCGGCGAGCUGCUCAUGGGUAUCCCCCUCGGCGUCUACCAGACCCUCACAGUCACAUACGCUUCAGAGGUCUGCCCCGUCGCACUGCGCGCCUACUUGACCACCUAUGUCAACCUAUGCUGGGUAUUCGGACAGCUCGCCGCCUCAGGCGUGCUGAGGGGUCUCGUCGACCGUGUUGAUCAGUGGGCGUACCGCAUUCCCUUUGCCGUGCAGUGGAUAUGGCCGGUGCCGAUCUUCAUUGGAGUAUACUUAGCACCCGAGAGCCCGUGGUGGCUUGUGCGGAAGGACAGACGCGAAGACGCGAUUAAGUCUGUGAAGCGACUCACACGACAAAGUGCCGACCCUACUUUCAGCGCCGAGCAAACCGUCUCCAUGAUUGUGUAUACGAAUGCGAUAGAGCAGCGUACCGAGACUGGUGCCACGUAUUUGGACUGCUUCAAGGGGACUGAUCUACGACGCACGGAGAUCGCGUGCUGUGUCUGGGCGGUGCAGAGUCUGUGCGGCAGUGGUCUGAUGGGCUACUCGACUGUCUUCUACCAGCGUGCUGGGCUUGCCACGUCAAUGUCGUUUACCAUGUCGCUAUCGCAGUAUGCGAUUGGAGUUGUCGGUACGUUAUUCUCGUGGGUUUGCAUGACAUACUUUGGUCGCCGCACCCUAUAUGUGGGUGGUCUGGCGGUUUUGGCCUGCAUCCUGUUUGUGAUUGGCUUUGUGUCUGUUCCGGCAGCGUCUACCUCGCUCUCGUGGGCUACAGGAUCCAUGUUGCUUGUGUAUACGUUCAUCUAUGACUCGACUGUCGGGCCGGUGUGUUUCUCGCUGGUUUCGGAGAUUCCGUCGUCGAGACUCCGCAUCAAGACUGUUGUGCUGGCAAGAAAUGUGUAUAACAUCCUCAAUCUGGUGACUGGUAUUAUUAUUCCUUAUAUGCUGAAUGUGGAAGCGUGGAAUUGGAAGGGCAAGGCUGGAUUCUUCUGGGGUGGACUGUGCAUCUGCUGUUUUGUUUGGUCGUUCUUCAGACUUCCUGAGCCCAAGGGUCGCUCUUAUGCUGAGUUGGAUAUUCUGUUUGAGAACAAGGUGCGCACAAGGGAAUUCCCAGGUGCGAAGACCGGUUUGGUGCAGAGUGAGCUCGAGGGGGAGAAAGGCUUGGUUUGA